GCAUCAAACACUAAUGAAGUCAACCUAUAUUCAAUAAUGUCAUUUGUUCUUCUUUCUUCUUCAUAGGCUCGGCCAUUUAUUUAUGUGGGGCAGAUGAUUAAAUGACACCAUUUAUGGCAGAGAAUGAAACUAGUGAGAGAAAGCGCCACGUAAAAUCUCUCUCUCUCUCUCUCUCUUUUAAGCUGGCGUAGAGAAUUACGAGUCCUCCAUAGUUUAGUCUUCAAUGGGAGCUUCCUCUGUUGUUUACAUUUCUUUUCAUCUAUUUCCUUUUUCCCGCGCUUUAAAUCUUACCUUUCCCACCUCCCUCGCCGCGUUUGAUCACAGAGUCAAAGAUGGUUUUGCUUUUCUAUCAUUCUCUAUCCCUUCUUUUCAAACGCUCUCAUAUAUUAUUUCCCUUUGAAAAUCUGAUUGAUCAGUGACCCCAACCAUUGAUCUUGCUCCCACCAGCUUCCGCUGAUUUAUUUUCCUCUGUUUCAGAUGGAUUCAAUCAAAUCCAAACCAGCUUCAGCCAAAUCCAGAUUGGUGCGAACAAUCCAAAAACUCGUCCACAUUCAAACCGCGACGAGACCCAUCUCCAAUUGCGGCAUCCUCAAGCUCAAAUCGCAGGACAAGGCCGGAGAAGAUGACCCAGAAGCGGAGGCCAGAGCCCGCCGGCGCGGAGACGACGAGAAGGAGAAGAAUAGGAACAGAGCGGCGUUGGAAGCUUUUAUUUCGAAACUAUUCGCCGGAGUUUCGUCGGUGAAAGCGGCUUACGCCGAGCUGCAAUUAGCUCAGUCCCCGUACGAUGGCGAUGCCAUUCAAUCCGCCGACGAGGCCUUGGUGAAGGAACUGAAAGUUCUAUCGGAAUUGAAGCACGGUUUCCUGAGAAAAGAGGUUGAUCCCUGCCCGCCCCACGUGACGGUGAUGCUUUCGGAGAUUCAAGAACAACAGAGUCUCAUGAGAACCUACGAAAUCACGGUGAAGAGCCUCGAGUCUCGGGUCAAAGUAAAGGAUUCGGAAAUUUCUUCGCUCCAAGCACAACUCGACGAGUGCGAUUCCUAUAACAAAUCCAUGGAGAAGAAGCUGAACUCCAGCGGAUACUUGUACGCUUUCGAGAACAUAACUCUAGCGACAUUAAAUCCGAACCAUUUCAUCCAAGUUCUGCAUUACGCUUUAAAAUCAAUCAGGCAUUUCGUCAAACAAAUGAUCCGCGAAAUGGAGUCCGCAAACUGGGAUCUCGAAGCCGCCGCGAACUGCAUCGAAUCAGGUAUAGUAUAUGCGAAACCAAGCCACAGAUGUUUCGUAUUCGAAUCGUUCGUGACGCGAGAACUGUUCGACGGAUUCAAUUUCCCAAACUUCUCGCUCUCGAGCGAUUUUUCCCUCCCCGACGCACAAAAACAGCACCAUUUCUUCGAGAGAUUCAAGAAGCUCAAGUCCGCCAACCCGAGGCAUUUUAUCGCUACAAAUCCCCAGUCUGCAUUUGCGGCAUUCACCAGAGGAAAAUAUCUGAAGCUUGUGCACCCUAAAAUGGAGUGCUCACUGUUCGGAAAUUUGCGGCAACGGAAUCUCGUGACUUCCGGCGAGUGCCCGGACUCUGCUUUCUUCGUCAUAUUUGCAGAAAUGGCGAAAAGGGUAUGGCUAUUACACUCUCUGGCUUAUUCCUUCGAUGAAGAACCCAGCAUCUUCCUGGUAAGGAAGAAUUGCCGGUUCUCGGAGGUGUUCAUGGAGUGCGUGAACGACGACGAGUCGAUGCUCUCGUCGGAAGAUUUCCAGGUGGCUUUUACGGUAGUGCCCGGCUUCAAGAUUUGUAAAACUGUAAUACAGAGUCAAGUGUAUUUAUCUCCGGUGACAGCUCCGGCGAGCUAAUUUCUUCGCUGUUGGGGUUUUGUCUUUAUAAAGUCAUGUAUAAAAAAUUUGUAAAUAUAUGAUGAUUUCCAUUCC